AAUGGCCGAGUUCGUGUACGCUAUGGGGUUCUAUCUGCAUCUUACUGAACGCCGGCAGAAUGAAUGACAGCUCUCACAGCUUAGCCAUAUAUCACUGCCGAACCCGUACUGAUACCCACCUUCUCUCCGGUCACAGACGCACGGCGUUGCAUUAGCGCUGUCUUUCCCUUAUCGAAAAGCAAAUGAUUGAUAAAAUUUGAAGUCGCACGAAGGACUAUAGGAUGAGGAUCACCGACUUGUCGAAUGAGACAGCUUACAGCCAAGUAGCAUCCCGCACAGAGCUUCCUCCACUUCCCCGCCCUCACCCCCCUGAUCCCUCCGCAAUCUCUCCACGGCUUGACCCGGGGUAACCUACUGCGGAGAUCUGCAUUUCUGAGGAGUGAUAUUCGGGUUUUUUUCAAUCAGAUACCGAGAUGACUGGAUAAUGUGGGUGCGGAAACAUCGCGGGUGAUGUCGGCUCGCCACAUCAACCUGGAUCUCGAAGUGACUUAAAUAGUAGACGUCUCGUCAGAAAUGGCGGUCGAUUUUUGUUUCUAACGGUUGGGUCCCGAGUCAGGUCCCUAAGAGUUCAGAAAAUGGCUAGCGCAAAGUCCCUCGAAGGGGUCAAGAUGGCCUUUACAGAGGUCGAAAACCAAAAGGAAGCAAUUCCAAGCGUAUUGGCAGGUCAAGGUCUCGACGAGGAGCAAAUCGCCCAAUUCAGGAAGUUCACCACAGCCGACCCCGAAUUCCAUAGUAAAAUCACGAAGACUCUGAGGCGGAAAGUCGACUUUCGUCUUAUGCCGAUGAUAGCGUUGAUGUUUAUGCUCAACUUCCUCGAUCGAAACAACCUCUCACAAGCCCGUCUUGGAACCCUGGAAAAAGACCUUAAUAUGACAGGAACGGAUUUCAAUCUCGCGACGAGCAUCCUGUUCGUCGGAUAUCUUCUCAUGCAACUACCUUCGAAUCUUCUCCUAACACGGGUUCGGCCCUCGCUUUACCUUGGCGCGGCUAUGACGAUUUGGGGGACAAUAUCGGCAGCGCAAGCUGCAUCGCGGAAUUUCUCCUCUCUUGUUGUGUGCCGAUUCUUUCUUGGUCUAGCGGAAGCGCCCUUCUUCCCAGGAGCUAUGUUGCUGAUGUCGAGUUGGUAUACACGACAAGAACUUGCUCUUAGGAUCGCGUGGUUCUAUUGUGGGCAUUCGUUCGCAAAUGCAUUUGGCGGUCUUCUCGGCGCGGGUGUCCUCGCGAACUUAAGCGGUGCUCAUGGGAUUGCGGGAUGGCGUUGGUUAUUCAUAAUCGAGGGUAGUCUCACGAUUGGCAGUGCCAUCUGUUCGACCUUCAUCCUCCCAGACUACCCAUCAACAACAAGAUGGCUCUCCUCAGAAGAGCGCGCGUAUGCGCAAUGGCGACUAGUUAAGGAAGUAGGCGAAGCAGACGCACCCGGGGCCUCGACGAUCAAAGAAGGGGUGAUGCUCGCACUGCGGGAUCCGCGACUAUACUUAUUCACGCUACUACAACACGCUUCGCUACUCACCCAGACAUUCCAGUAUUUCUUCCCGACUAUAUUGCAGACUUUAGGCUACGGUAACAUAGAGACGCUUCUCCUUACCGCACCUGUCUGGGCAUUCACCUUCUUCUCUUCGCUGGUCGUGACGUAUACGUCUGGACGCUUUACAGACCGGAGUAUUCAUAUCAUCUGCUUGAUAAUGAUCUCUUGCGCGGGGAAUAUCAUCGCGGUGGCAACUCUCAACACGGCUGCUCGCUUCUUCGCGCUUUUCUUGCUGCCGUUGGGGGCUUUGCCUGCGUAUCAGAUCCUCCUAGCGUGGGUAGCGAACAGCUUCCCGAGACCCUUGGUCAAGCGGAGCGUAUGCAUCUCCUUUACGAACAUGAUCGGGAACACUGCUAAUAUCUACGGCACCUACAUGUAUCCAUCCGUAGACGGACCUCGCUACCUCGCCGGCGGUGCAGCUACAGCUGGUGUCGCGCUCUUUGUUGCGCUGCUGACUCUAGUCGCAAGACUUGAGCUGCAGAGACAGAAUAAGAAGUUAGCGCUUCGUGAGGAAUUUGAGGCGGAGGGGAAUACGGCGCAGCCGAGAGACUCGGAAGAAGCUGGGGCUGCUUCGGUUGGGUUUAGGUAUAUCCUAUGAAACUAGAUACCUGGGUAGACUAUUAGGCGAUAAGUCGAGUGGCA